ACCAGUUAGGCAAUUCUCAGCUCUGUGAAUAUUUCUAACAUGUUGCAUGUGCUGCGAGCGCAAAGCUUUAUUUCCAUGGUGACCCACAAGGCCCACAGUUGCUUUUUCGGUCAGUGACAGCUGCAUGAGCUGGGACCUCUUUCCAGUUUGUCCAGCCUGAAUUCCAGCAGACUGUGCUGGGGGUCUAUAUUUAGAGAAGUGGGAUUAAAUUGCAGGGGCUUCAAGCCGGACUUCCUACGUUGCUCAGCCCUUUCUAGCCAAGACCGCGAGACGAGAAGCAGCACGGCCAUCUCUCCUCUGAAAGCCACGCUCCCGCCAGCAUGGACCCAAAGAGCUUGAAGGAAGACCUACGCUUGUACCAGAGCACCCUCCUCCAGGAUGGCCUGAAGGAGCUCCUGAAUGAGAACAAGUUUGUGGACUGCAUACUCAAGGUGGGGGAUCGCAGUUUGCCCUGCCAUCGUCUGAUCAUGGCGGCGUGCAGCCCCUACUUCCGAGAGCUGUUCUUCUCUGAGGAGGGUAAAGCAGAGGGAAACAACGAAGUGAUUCUGGAAAAUGUGGACCCUGCCAUCAUGGAUAUGAUUGUGACCUACCUGUAUUCAGCAGAGAUCGAACUGACAGAUGAGAAUGUGCAGGAAAUUUUUGCAGUGGCGAACCGCUUCCAGAUCCCUUCGGUAUUUACAGUAUGUGUGAAUUACCUGCAGAGAAGCCUGUCCCUUGGCAACUGCUUGGCUAUUUUCCGACUAGGGUUAGUCCUCAACUGUCCACGCCUGGCAGUAGCCGCUCGGGACUACAUUGCAGACCGUUUUGAGUCUCUGGCCCAAGAGGAGGACUUCCUUCAGCUGGAACCCCAUGAACUCUUUGCCAUCAUCGGUGGAGACUCCUUGAACGUGGAGAAGGAGGAGCUGGUCUUUGAGGCGUUGAUGAAAUGGGUCAGGACUGACAAGGAGAGACGGGUCAAGACCUUGAAUGAUGCCUUCAGUUGUGUUCGAUUCCGCCUUAUGCCUGAAAAGUACUUCAAAGAGAAGGUGGAGAAGGAUGACAUCAUCAAGGCAGACCCAGAGCUCCUGAAGAAGGUCAAGGUUAUAAGAGAUGCUUUUGCAGGAAAGCUCCCUGCAAAGGAGAAGAAGAAAGGGGACUCUGGGCAAGCUGUGGGGGAUGAGGAUGUUGGGAAGGAAGACUUGCUUCCUGGUUAUCUGAAUGAUGUGCGCAGACACGGCAUGUACACCCGAGACCUGAUCCUGAUGAUCAAUGACACAGCAGCAGUGGCCUACGAUGCCAAUGAGAACGAGUGCUUCCUGGCUGCCAUGGCGGAGCAGAUCCCCCGUAAUCACGUCAGCUUGACCUCCAAGAAGAACCAUCUGUACAUUCUUGGGGGUUUGUUUGUGGACGAGGAGAACAAGGAGACCCCACUGCAGUGCUACUUCUAUCAGCUGGACAGUCUCGCUGCUGACUGGAUCGCUCUCCCUCCAAUGCCCUCUCCUAGAUGUCUCUUCGGCAUGGCAGAAUGUGGGAACCUUCUCUUUGCAGUGGCAGGAAAAGACCUGCAAACUGACGAGUCUCUUGACUCAGUGAUGUGCUAUGAUACAGAGAAAAUGAAGUGGACUGAGGCCAAAAAGCUGCCUCUCCGGAUCCAUGGUCAUGCUGUGGUUUCCCACAAUGAGUUGUUAUACUGCAUUGGCGGAAAGACAGAUGACAACAAAGUCAUCAACAAGAUGUUCGCAUACAAUCACAAGCAGUCGGAAUGGAGAGAGUUGGCCGCCAUGAAAACAGCAAGGGCGAUGUUCGGCACUGUCGUUCACAAUGGAAAAAUUGUGGUGACUGGUGGAGUCAACGAAGAUGGCCUCACAGCUGCUUCUGAAGUCUAUGACUUUAGGACCAACAAGUGGGAGCCCUUCACUGAGUUCCCCCAGGAGAGGAGCUCCAUCAACCUGGUCAGCAGUGGAGGUGCUCUGUAUGCCGUGGGAGGCUUCGCCAUGGUUCAGGUGGAGAAUAAAGAGUGUGCCCCCACAGAGGUCACCGAUAUCUGGCAGUAUGAGGAGGACAAGAAGCAGUGGUGCGGGAUGCUGAGAGAGAUGCGCUAUGCCUCUGGGGCUUCCUGCGUCUCCAUGCGCCUCAACCCCAUCAAGAUGCCCAAGCUCUAAGCACCGCACCCUGAACUCAAUGCCCAGAAUUCACUGUCCAGAGCCUCUUACUACUGUUAGAUAUGCUUAUUUAUUAAAGCAUGGACCAUUAGAUACUGUACCAGCAAAGGACAGUUUUAAGCAAGAUUUUUUCAAACGGAGUCAGCUUUCUAUAGUUAGAUAACACCACAUGAA